AUGAUCUGGCUUUCUAUAUUGCUGUUCCUGAUAUUGGCAACCCAUGUAGGCAGUGCUGACUCAGGUCUCCAUCUGUACCUGCAAGAGUCCUGCACUUCUCUUGGAUCCAUACCUCGAAGCUGCAAGGAAAUCAAAUGAGUCUGUGUGGCUUUGUCCUCUGCAGAUGGCCUGUACUUCCUCCAGACUGAGAAUGGAAACAUCUACCAGACCUUUUGUGACAUGCGGUCUGGGGGAGGCGGUUGGACCCUGGUGGCCAGUGUGCAUGAAAAUCACUUGGCAGGGAAGUGCACCCAGGGGGAUCGCUGGUCCAGCCAGCAGGGUAACACACAAGACUACCCUGAAGGUGAUGGGAACUGGGCUAAUUAUGCCACCUUUGGAUCUGCAGAAGCUGCUACCAGUGGUGACUACAAGAACCCAGGUUACUAUGACAUCCAGGCCAAGGACCUAGCCAUCUGGCAUGUGCCCAACAUGUCUCCCAUGGAGCAAUGGAGGAAUAGCUCACUGCUGAGAUAUCGAGUCAGGAAUAGCUUCUUCACUGAUCUGGGAGGGAACCUUUUUGGCCUCUAUCAGAGGUAUCCAGUGAAAUAUGGGACUGGCCAGUGUUCAGCUGACAAUGGCCCAGCUGUGCCUGUCAUCUAUGACUUUGGCGAUGCAGAAAAAACUGCCCAGUAUUACUCUCCACUUGGCCAGAAGGAAUUUGUUGGCGGUUUCAUCCAGUUCCGGGUAUAUAAUAAUGAAAGAGCAGUGAAUGCCUUGUGUCCUGGAAUGCAAGUCACUGCAUGUAACACUGAACAUCACUGCAUUGGUGGAGGAGGAUUCUUUCCAGAAGGGGCUCCCAGUCAGUGUGGGGAUUUCUCUUCCUUUGAAUGGAGUGGCUAUGGAACUCAUACUGGUUAUAGCAACAGUUGGGAGAUAACAGAGGCUGCUGUGCUCCUGUUCUACAGAUGA